CCCUCCCCCACCCGGCUUCACCAGCUCCUCCUCCUCCUCCUCGGCGAGCUAGCCAGUUAGCAGUAGCUGUAAAAAGCGACUACAAACCCACCUGGUUGUCAAACAACACGGAGGGGGCCUCCCUGGAUGAGACUAAUCCAUCCAGAACCACAAGAAACCGCCUUAAUGGGACGCGUGUUGCGCGGAUAUUACGACGCCAUGGCCAGUCAGAAGCUAGCUGCUCGGCUACAUCACAGAGCUAGCUAACAACCCGGGGCUAGCUCCAGCGACGAACAUCUUAACUCGACAUUUCCUUCACUGUUUUAACGUUUGUUUUCGUGCCAUGACAAGUCUGAUUUGACCGAGCUUUGUUUGUACGCUUGACAAAUUAAGUUAUCCGAGGAAUACUUUCUUUCUAAAAUAUGUAGGUCACCGUACCGGAGCAGUUAUAGUUAUGUGGGUCAUCAGUGGGUUAACGUUAACCUACUAGCUUGAACAGCUGGUUAGCACGGAAAGCUAGCUGGUCGCCCGACGGCAAAAAAAAAAGGAUUUGCCUUCUCAGUCCGUCCGGCAAUUACGUUAAUGCACCAGCUUGUGUUAAGUUAGAAUUACUCUGCAGCUUGCGUGGCCCGGGGUUAGCAUCGCGUUUAACCUUUUUAAUUUGUUCAUGUUUUGGGAAUCGUCGCUGACCGUCGUUAGCUAAGUUAGCUGGACACUGCUAGCUAAGUUAACUUCACUAAACCAGGUAAUCUAGCGGACCAUGCUGAGUGAGGAGCUGUGUUUCCCCCGAGCCUAGUAGCCGGGCAGCAGCAGCAUCUUGGUGCGCACACAGUUGGCUGAUUCGGGGUUUUGGUGAGAGGAGAAUGGCGUUUCACGGCACGGGCCGACAGACCGUCUGUGGAGACUUGUUUCCGGGCUCCGAGCUGGGCCACAAGUAUUUCUGUGUCAACUCCUCCUGCGGGGCCCCCUCCACGGGCCUCAGCGCCACGCCGUGCCUGACCGGACCCACUGCCCCGGCUGGGACCCCUCGUCACCCCACAGCCCUCGGAGGGAGCACCGGCGGCGGAGCGGCGGUGCCUCAGCCCUACAGCAACCCGGCCAGCGAGGUGCCCAGCCCCGCAGAGAUGGAGCCAGACCGCCCCAUCGGUUAUGGCGCAUUUGGUGUUGUCUGGUCGGUCACAGAUCCACGUGAUGGUCGCAAGGUGGCUUUGAAGAAGAUGCCCAAUGUCUUCCAGAACCUGGUCUCCUGUAAGAGGGUCUUCAGAGAGCUGAGGAUGCUGUGCUUCUUCAAACACGACAAUGUUUUGUCAGCUCUGGACAUUUUGCAGCCUCCACAAAUCGACUGCUUCGAGGAAAUCUACGUGAUAACAGAGCUGAUGCAGAGCGACCUCCACAAAGUGAUCGUGUCUCCUCAGCCUCUCACCACCGACCACAUCAAGGUCUUCCUCUAUCAGAUCCUCCGAGGUUUGAAGUACCUGCACUCUGCUGGGAUCCUUCACAGGGACAUCAAACCUGGAAACCUGCUGGUCAACAGCAACUGCCUGCUGAAGAUUUGUGAUUUCGGCUUGGCGCGGGUGGAGGAGCCCGACCCGUCCCGUCACAUGACCCAGGAGGUGGUGACGCAGUACUACAGGGCGCCGGAGGUGCUCAUGGGCUGCCGACACUACGGCUCGGCCAUCGACGUCUGGUCAGUGGGCUGCAUCUUCGCGGAGCUGCUGGGCCGACGCAUCCUCUUCCAGGCUCAGAGCCCUAUUCAGCAGCUGGAUCUGAUCACAGACCUGCUGGGCACGCCUCCUCUGUCGGCCCUGGCGUCGGCCUGCGAAGGAGCCAGAGCCCACAUCCUGAGGGGGCCGCACAAACCGCCGUCGCUGUCGGUGCUCUACAUGCUGUCUGACGGCGCCACCCACGAGGCGGUGCACCUGCUCUGUCGGAUGCUGGUCUUCGAUCCCGCUAAACGGAUCUCCGGCAGCGACGCCCUCUCCCACCCGUACCUGGACGAAGGGCGCCUGCGCUACCACACCUGCAUGUGUCAGUGCUGCUACUCUGUUCCCAGCGGGCGAGUUUACACCCGCGACUUCGAGCCGGUCGCCGAGCGGCCGUUCAGCCACAGCUACGAGAACAGUCUGCUGUCGGUGUGGCAGGGAAAAGAGCUCAUCCAUCGCUUCAUUACGGAGCACCAGCAGGGCAAACGAGUGCCGCUGUGCAUCAACCCUCAGAGUGCUGCCUUCAAGACCUUCAUCAGGUCCACGGCAUGGCACUCCUCCAAGGUGUCCAGGAAGGAGGAGAGAUGAACGCUCCUCCUCUUCCUCCCGAGGAGCGCCAGCAGUUUGUUGAGAGAGGAUUUCAUCGGCCGUGGCGUCUGAAGACGGAAGCGUUUGGGUCUUUUACUACUUUUUUUUUUUUUUGUUUUGUUUUAUUUCUUUUUUGUUCACCUGGCGAGAUGCGGAGGGAGGAACCCGCCGCCUCACCUGAGCUCCUCUGGGAAAAACCUCAGUUUCUUUCCCCUCCUACAAAUCUGCAAAGUUUCCAGAACAUGAAAGCUUAACUUUUGUUUUUUAACGACCCAAACAGCUGAUGCUUGAGGCAUUUCCGGUGCUGAAUUUAAAAAAAACAAACCCUGCUGCUGAAGUCUUUUAAGGAGGAAUAAGAAAAUAACUCGGUACUAGAUUGGAUUUUCCAUCUACGAUAGUAGAGACAUGAUGGUUUUAAUCGUCGGGUAGAAUUGUUGCUUAGUUUGUUGUUGAAGUCAUUCCAGCCCUGUGCAAUAUGGUUUAAUUUUAAAAAAAGCGAUAAACACACCACCGGGGUGGGGGCUGAACACACUGAGCGUGCUCGCUUGCCAACUGGAUUUUUAGGACUUUUUUUUUUUUGACCACGUACCCAAACAUGACGUUGUAACGCGCCACACAACACGACACAGUUAACCGCCAAGCACCUCCGAGCGUUUCCUCCUUGUGAACUGCGUUUUAACACUCACUGUGUUUACGUCUGCGCGGCGUCUAUGCGCCUCAACGCGGCGACAAUAAUGCAAUCUGACAGAUGUAGCAGGUUUUAACCACCGCUUCCCCCACGCUGUUUCUACACACACACACACACACACACACGGCUUUGUUGUUGUUGUUGUUUUUAAGCGCGGCUUCUUUUCCUCAGUUGUUCCUGGUCCUGGAUCAGCGCUGUUUGCUACACUCGGGCAGGAGAGAAUAAGACUUUAAUCAGGACACGAAGCUGAACGAAGCAGGAAUUCAUUCCCCACAGUUGUUUUAUUAAAGUCUGACGUCAGCGGACUGUGAAUUUUAUUUUGAAGAUUGUGACAGGAAGUUGUUUUUUUUUUGUUGUUGUUGUGUUUUGUUUUUUUUUUACUUCCUCUUCCCUUUUUUUUUUUUUUUUUGUUGUUGUCCUGCCGACCUCCUCGACGUUUGGUCCCACCACCAGGGGAGGGGGGAGAGAGAGAGAGAGAGGAAGCGAUGGUGUUUUUUAUUUCUUAAUUUAUUGAGUGUUUGUUGAAGAGUGCGUGUCUCCCCCUGCACGUCUGUGGCAGUCCUGGUUACCUCAAACCCUGGAAAGAAAACAAACAAACUGAAAACUGAAAUGUGCGCGUCUGUGCUCUGAAACCCUCCCGUCACAACGUUCCCGUCAUUCCUCCAGAUUCCUUUACCUCGCGCUCACUCCUCGUCUCUCUCCUUCAGAAUCGGUGUCUGCUUUAGAGAGAAGGAUGUUGUCGGUGAAAUGCUGCUGUUUUUCCUGUUUUUGUUUCUUCUCUUUUUGUUGUUGUUGUUUUUAGUUCCUGUCAUAGACUAUGAAUUGUACAGAGCCACACAAGAAGGCACCAGUAUUGAUCCUGGUUUGGAUUAUCAGGACUGAACGCAGCGAGUUAACGGCGUCCCAUUUGGACGCUGCAAGAAGUCGGACAUUUAAGAAGAAGAACUCUGUCGUGAUGUGAAUAUUAUCUGAAGAGAUUUCAAACUGAUGGACGAUGUCGUGGAGCCGUUUUUAAGUGUCCGACACACAGUGAGGCCACAGGUGUAACUGGGUGGUGCGGUGAAAGUGAGCGUACUGGUGGUUUCUGCCUGUUAACUUUCUCCAGUUUACAAAAUAACCUGCUGUUUGGUUUCAGUUCACUUCCUGCUGAUAAUCCACCACAGUCAACUUGGGCUGCAGCUGAAAGAGAUUCGUUAGGUCUACAAAAUAUAAAUAAAUAGAAACCUGAUGCUCGGUUUACUACAAGAAAACAUUCAGACUUAAAAAGCUGUUACUGUUUUUAAACACACAUGUUGGGGUUGAAAUGACCUUUAAGUACAGAAAGUUUCUGAACCGACUGCAAAGUGUUCCUUCCUGUCAAAAUGGCGUCCACACAAAGUGCUUCUUGUUGCCAGGUUUCUGACAACAUCAUGGAAAGCAUCCCUACGAGGGACUCCGGGUGACCCCCUUUGUUUUUAACAGAAAACUGAAGUCCCGCUCUGAAAUCUCGUGAGAGGCGAGCUGUUGAAGGAAGACGCCGUCGGUGGAAACGAGAGCCGGAGCUGGGCAACAAGAAGCUGUUUCUGCGGACGCCGUUUUGACAGGAAGGAAUACGUUGCUGCUGGUUCAGCUGCCGGCUGAAGCGUCUGCUGCACGGAGUCAAAACUUUCUGUACCUACGAGUCAUUUCAACAAACACACUUGUAAAAAAUAUGGCCCAGGUUUAAAAAUACUGAAGGAAUAAUAAGGAAUUUUUUGUUAAUCAACUAAUUGUUUCAGCUUCUGUCAUUCUCUUUAUGACCUGAUGCCAUGUGGGCCCCUAAACUGCUGGAACUGGACUCCAUUCAAAGAUGCUGUGAGCUUUUGCAAACUGAUUUGUCUAAUAUGGAAAUCGUGGCCCGGAUUGUAAUUUACCUUUUCAAAUCAUGCAAAACAAAAUUCUGACCGUGUAUUUUUUAAAGCUGCAGCCACGACACAAACACCUGCAUCAUGUAAAUGAACUGAAACUGAAAGGAAGGUGAAACCGCCAGUAUGACCCUCCGGUUCCCUCCGAGACGCUCGGCCCUCUUUCACUGCAGGAACUUUUCCUUUUUUUGUGUGUUUUUUAGGAUCUCAGGAACUUUUACGAUGAGGGUCAACUUGUGCCAACAGCGCCGGACGCUCUGCAGAGCCACCUCAGCAUUCAAACAUCACAACAGUUUGUCUCGUCACGUGUCAAAACGACGUCUCUCGCCCGCUCCGUUUUGCUUUUUAAACCUUCAUGACGACACGUUGCAGGAACCUCCCCCGGUUCCCGUGGCUCCUCAGUUCCUGGAUCAUGUGUUUUUGAAAGGUCGAGAAGCUGUGGUCAAAAUGUUUUCAGAUGAUUUUGCUUUUUUCUUGUACACGCCCUGAACCUCCAGCAGGCGCGGCGGCCCCCCGAGCCUCCGUUGGCCCUGAGCGUCCUCGUUGAUCCCUCACAGCUUCCUGAUUCUGACUCCCUGAAACCUCAGCUGCUCCUCUACAGGAUCACACAGCGAGUCUCUGCGAGCGGCGCCCAGGCUGCCCGAGCGACCACACUUGUAUAUCUGCAUGUGUAUAUUUAUGGAGAGCUUUUUUGGGUUUGAAUGCUGUGCAAUGGUUGAGUUUGUCGACGACAGACGUACAUUUUGUGGUAAUUUUAUUUUUUUAUUUGAUUCAUCUUUAGGAAGUGAUUUUUAUUAGUUUUUGUUUGUUGUGAUCUGAUUAUUAGAGUUUUAGGAAGCCAAAAGCCGGGAGAGCGGUUUGAGAGUUUUUCUCUGGAGAGGGACAAGAAACAACAGCGAGCUUCUGCACGCGCUCAGCUCUGAUUGGUUCAGUUAGGUGAGCAGCAUGACACAAACGUAUCGGUGUGAAGUUAUUGGUGCAAUUUGUGUCUUCAAAUUACAAUUUUAGUUUCUCAUAUUGCUGAAUGGCUUCCCUUAAAUUAACCUUAAUGAUAUUCCCUAACCACCCGCACUGUGGAUCUAUAGUUUUAAUUUAGUGCAAACGUCACAGGAUGAAUUUCGCGUUUAUAUAAUAUAAAAAUUAGGACGUGCAAUUCUUUUGAUUGAUCGUCCAUCCGUUAAAAACCUUGUCACGUCUCCUAGAAAUUAUCUUUGUGCUCUACUGGUUGUUUUGAGGGGGAACAAAGUUGUUUCACAGUCUUGUUAGUUUUUUCCGUAGAGAAGUCUGUGGUUAAAAUUUAGGCAACAAAUGCACUGUGCUGGAGGUCCCGGGGGACAAAGUUCACACGGCGUCGAACAAAACCGGUGAAAUAACGAAGUCGGUGAACAUUUCUCAGAAAAGUAAUUCAUGUCGUCAUGUUACAUAAACGACCAAACCGCCGUAUAGGUCGAUGAUGCAGCAGCUUAUUACGUUACAUUAAAUAUUAAAGUUUAUAAUGAGCUCUAAUGGCAGAAGAAGUCAGGUGACGAAGUCUAAAGAGUUUAAGUAAUAUACUUAUUUUAACCCAAACCACCAUCUUCUCCUCAAUCUAACCCGGUGGUUUUGUUGCCUUAACAUGACAAAACUACCACCGUUUCGUCACCUGACUUAUGUAACGUAACGAAGGUCCCGUGCGGCUGACGCUCAAUACGCCCCUGCAGGUGGUUUUGGGAAACGGUCGCGUGUGCCGUCGUGCUUUCCAUCGUAUGUAAAUGUCGUUUUGGGACACUUCGACCUAUGUGGUCGUUUUAGAUGAGUGAGGACGAGCUGAAAGUUUCUCUGAAACGGGGGCAACUAAUGAAAAAUGCCAGUUGAGGUUUCCCAAAGUGACAUGUGACUUUAGUUUCCCGCCAUCAACAGAUGAUUCAGUUUAAUAUCACGAUUAAAAGAUACAAAAAAAACAGCGAAUUAACUUUUUUGCUAAUUGCUUUAACGCUGUACGAAAAUAAGUAAAUUGAAGCUAAUUCACACGUUCGGCAGAGAAAUUAGAAAUUUAAGGGAACGAUUGUUAAUUUGAAGCUCAAAUUCACCAAUUAAGGGAACAAUGAAUCCAAACUCUCCCCUCUUGGCCUUUUUCUUUUCUUUUCUUUCUGUUCUGUUGUUGUGUUGGUAGAGAUCCUUCCAGGCGAGGAGUAGGUGUUAAACUCGAUGGGCCUGCGUUUGGUCUUUCCCCUCCCUGCGCACUGUUCAGAGAUCAGCUGACGAGUGCGUUUCCGGUCUCUGUGUUCGGACGUCGAAGCGGACGGCUGGUCAUCUUUAGACAUUAGACUCGUUUUUCUUCUAUGAAAAGAAACUUGAUGUUUUUAUUAUUCUAAAUAUGAAACUGAUGUUUUAAACAUGUUUUGUCUUCGUUUUAGCAAAACGUUUUUGUUUGUUAUUUUUGACUUGUGUUCCCAACAAAUACUUGAAUUUCUUAAAAAAAAAAAAUGUUUAGAGUUAAAAUAGUGAAUGAUGAAUAAAUAAAUGGACACUGGAUAAUA